AUGUCGGUGCCACUGGCUAUUGCACUGUCUGGCCAACAUUUGCUGGGCCAACCUGUAAUGAUCAAACCUUCUGAAGCUGAAAAGAAUCUUGUUCAGUCAACAGCUACAGAUGCUGGUGUUGCAGGAGCUGCUGAAAGAAAGAUUUAUGUUGGAAACCUUCACUAUAACAUUACAGAAGAGCAACUUCGCCAGAUCUUUGAACCAUUUGGGACUAUGGAUCUUGUUCAAUUACCACUUGAUGAAACAGGGCAGUGUCGAGGUUAUGGAUUCAUUCAGUUUGCUCAGCUUGAGCAUGCAAAGGCUGCUCAAAGUUUAAAUGGGAAAUUGGACAUUGCUGGCUGCAUCAUAAAGAACGGUAUUAAGGAGACUGGGACAACUGCUGUCGACUUUGAUGAUGAAGAUGGUGGUGGUUUGAUCAUGAGGAAUUGUGUUGAAACUGUAAGGGCCACAGAUAGAUCACAGAUUUUGGAUGAUGACCAUGCUUUUUGGAUGACACUGAUGGGAUGCAAAGAUGAGGGACACUUGGGCUGCCUUUUCUCUAAUGGAAGAAACAACUAG